AUGACCUCCACGUCUAAUGGAGCGUCGACCAUGGCGCCCAUCAUGAAGACUGACCUUGCUGCACCCUCGCCCAAGCCUACCCCCCCUAGUACCGCAAGCCGUGCAGACCCCAUGUCCUUCUCCAACAUCCUCUUAAACUCCGAGCCUGCACCCCAGCCGCGCGAACGACCUGUGGAAGCGGAGACUCGUGAGCACGAAGCCGAUCGAAAACCCAAGAUCGAGCCCGAGAUCAAGGAGGAAGCUGAUAAGCUGAUGCCUGAUCGGGAUGACAACGAUACCGAGUUAGAGGCAGAGGCAGAGGCAGUGCCCGUCAAGAAGAGGGAGGUGAAGAAGAAGGCACCCCGAAAGUCAGGUCUCGGUCGCGUAUCCGACGUCCGAGACGAGGCCACCCCCUCCAAGCCUGGGCGCCGCAACUCAUCGAGGAAGGAAUCACCUGCUCCCCGCAUAUCCUCCAAGCGUCAGGCCAACGGCCAGGAAAAGGAGCAAAAGACUUGGUCGAACGAAAUGGAAAAGAAGAUCCAGAAUGUCGAUAAGCAAAUUGAGAAGAACAUUGCCAGUUUGGACAAGUCAGAAUUUGACGAAGCCGAAUACAAGACGCGUGCCGCCAAACGCCGCAAGGUCAUGUCCGAGUUUGAUACUGACCGGAACGUUCGUCGACGGGAAGACUACGUGAAGCUGGCAGGUAGGCGACUUGGAGAUCAUGCCGAGCUCGGUAAGAGGCGAUACGAGGAAAUGUACUACGAAGAGGCUCUCCACGAAGUCCGUGAGCAAGAGGUCUUUGCUGAGAAGGAACGCAAGAAGGACAUGCAGCGCAAGCGACGCCGUGAAAAAUCCAUGGCCGUCACUAUGGAGCAGAAGGAAGCUGCACUUGCUCGUGCCAACGCUGCCGAAGAUGAAACCGAACGCCAGAAGCAUCUUCGUGAUGCUGAACGAGCCAAUAAGAAGGCCCAGCAGACGAAGUUGAUCUUGCAAAAGGGGAUCAAGGGCCCUGCCCGGAAUGUCGACCUCAACCUUGAUGGUGGUACCAUGUCCAGCUUCCAAGCCUCUGAUGUCGAGACCAGUGGCAAGAAGCCCAAGCGUGGUGGCAAUCGGCCCAAGAAAUCGAAGGAACAGAAGCAGGCCGAAAAGGACUCUGCCGAGGCUGCUCAGGCCGCCAUUGAUGCAGGUGAAGAGCUCCCUCCUCUUGCCCCCCGCGAGGAGAAGGAGGGCAAAGAAGGCAAGGAAGCCAAGGAAGCCAAGGUCCGUAUCAAGAUCAAGAAGUCCAAAGACAAGGAGAAGUCCAAGGACAAGGGCAAGGACAAGACCGAGGUAGACAAGGACAAGGAGAACCGUGAGCCUGGAGCUGAAAAGGUCGACGACACGCCCGACUUGGAGAAGAAGUUUGCUAGCAAAGGCUACAAUCAGAUUUACGAUCAGAUCUGGCGGGACAUGGCCCGAAAGGAUGUUAAUAAGACCUUCAAGCUUGCCACUGAUUCUUAUGCCACCAAGGCGUCGAAUCUCAAGAAGACUGCCAUCCUUGCUUCCAAGGAGGCAAAGAGAUGGCAACUGCGUACGAACAAGGGCACCAAGGACCUGCAGGCCCGCGCCAAGAGGGUCAUGCGAGACAUGAUGGGCUUCUGGAAGCGCAACGAGCGAGAAGAAAGAGAUCUGCGCAAGGCAGCAGAGAAGCAGGAGAUUGAGAACGCCAGACGCGAAGAGGCUGAUCGUGAAGCUGCUCGCCAGAAGAGAAAGCUCAACUUCUUGAUUUCUCAAACCGAACUCUACUCUCACUUCAUCGGCAAGAAGAUCAAGACAGACGAAGUGGAGCGUAGCACCGACAACCCGGACAUUGCUCCCGAUGCCAAGCAGAUCCCCCAUAAAAAACUGGAUGUCGCCGAACCUGACGGCCCCAGGGGCAAGGUAACUGAUUUCGAGAACCUCGACUUCGAUGACGAGGACGAGACGAACCUCAAGGCCGCUGCCAUGGCCAACGCUCAGAACGCCAUUGCCGAGGCACAGAAGAAGGCCCGUGAUUUCAACAACGAGCGCUUGGACAUGGACGAUGAAGGCGAGAUGAACUUUCAGAACCCAACAGGUUUGGGCGACGUCGAGAUCGAGCAGCCCAAGCUCAUCAAUGCCCAGCUCAAAGAAUACCAGCUUAAGGGUCUCAACUGGCUCGUCAAUUUGUACGAACAGGGUAUCAACGGUAUUCUUGCCGACGAAAUGGGUCUCGGCAAAACGGUGCAGUCCAUUUCAGUUAUGGCAUAUCUCGCCGAGAAGCAUGACAUUUGGGGUCCUUUCCUGGUUGUUGCUCCUGCUUCAACCUUGCACAACUGGCAGCAGGAAGUCGCAAGGUUCGUCCCCGAGUUCAAGAUUCUCCCUUACUGGGGCAGUGCCGGUGAUCGAAAGAUUCUUCGCAAAUUCUGGGAUCGAAAGCACUCUACCUACCGAAAGGAUGCCGCUUUCCACGUUUGUAUCACUUCCUACCAGCUUGUUGUGUCCGAUGUCGCCUACUUUCAGAAGAUGCGCUGGCAAUACAUGAUUCUGGACGAAGCUCAAGCUAUCAAGAGCUCCCAGAGUUCUCGUUGGAAGAGUUUGUUGGGAUUCCACUGCCGAAACAGACUGCUCCUUACAGGUACUCCGAUUCAAAACAACAUGCAGGAGCUGUGGGCCUUGCUUCAUUUCAUCAUGCCUUCCCUAUUCGACUCUCAUGAUGAAUUCAGCGAGUGGUUCUCGAAGGACAUUGAAUCACAUGCUCAGAGUAACACGAAACUGAAUGAGGAUCAGCUGAAGCGUCUGCACAUGAUUCUGAAGCCUUUCAUGCUUCGUCGUGUGAAGAAGCAUGUGCAGAAGGAGCUUGGUGACAAGAUCGAAGAAGAUAUCUUCUGUGAUCUCACCUACCGGCAACGCGCCUAUUAUGGUAACCUCCGCAACCAGAUCAAUAUCAUGGAUCUCGUUGAGAAGGCUACGAUGGGUGAUGAGCAGGAUUCUGGUACACUGAUGAACUUGGUGAUGCAGUUCCGCAAGGUCUGCAACCAUCCCGACCUCUUUGAGCGUGCUGAAGUUACCUCGCCUUUCUCUUUGAGCUAUUUCGCGGAAACUGCCUCCUUUGUCCGAGAGGGGAAUAACGUUCCGGUUGCCUACUCGUCACGCAGCGUCAUUGACUAUGAGCUGCCCUCUCUUGUCUGGACCGAGGGGGGCCGGCUCGAAAAGCCCGGCCAAGAUAAUAUCAAGGCUGGAUGGCGCAACUCGGCUCUUGCCCACAUGCUGAAUAUUUAUUCGCCAGACCACAUACGGGAAAGUACUGACGAGAACAAGGGAUUCUCGUGGCUGCGUUUUGCCAAUCUUAGCCCUGGAGAGGUCUACAAGGCAACUCGUCAAAGCCUGUUUGCCCGUGCGGUGGAUGAGCUGCAGAAGACGAACCGCUUAGGUCGAGUCAAGGUCGCAUACGAUGAUCCGGAAGACAAGGGCUACACAACGGCUCACGCUCUCUUUAACAUUGUAGAACGCAAUGACCGACAGCCUCUGGUGGAGAUCAUGAACGAGGGCGUGAUGGGCAAGCUCAUGAAUGUCGCUAGAACAGAGUACGAUGAGUCUGGCCUUGGUCGCCUCGAGCAGGCCGGUCGACCGCGUGCAUCUGCUCCUCCUGUCACCGUCUCUUGCAACAAGCGUAGUGCCGUCAUUGAACUGGACAAUGUCUUUUUCAACAUUCCCAUGCGCAAAGCGCUGUACGGCCCCGCCCAAUGGGAGGAGGAGGCUCUCGUGGAAAGGAAGGUGCCGCUUGAGCUCUACCCCACGAGGCAGACUCUUCCAAAGCCGGACGGCGAGUCGAAGCGGUUCACGAACAUCGCAGUCCCCUCUAUGCGUCGCUUCGUCACAGACAGCGGCAAGCUUGCUAAGCUGGAUGCUCUGCUCUUCAGGCUCAAGAGCGAGGGCCACCGUGUGUUGCUCUACUUCCAGAUGACUCGCAUGAUCGACAUGAUGGAGGAGUACCUCACAUACCGAAACUACAAGUACUGCCGAUUGGAUGGUUCGACCAAACUGGAGGAUAGACGAGAUACGGUGCACGAUUUCCAAACCCGACCUGAGAUUUUCAUCUUCCUGCUGUCUACCCGUGCCGGUGGUCUGGGCAUCAAUCUCACCACUGCCGAUACCGUUAUUUUCUACGAUUCGGAUUGGAACCCAACCAUCGACUCACAGGCCAUGGACAGAGCUCACAGAUUGGGACAGACCAAACAGGUCACAGUCUAUCGUCUUAUCACCCGCGGAACCAUCGAGGAGCGGAUCCGAAAGCGUGCCCUUCAGAAGGAAGAAGUCCAGCGUGUCGUCAUCCAGGGUGGCGGUGCAAGCGUCGACUUUUCUGGUCGCCGUGCUCCAGAGAACCGCAAUCGCGAUAUUGCCAUGUGGCUGGCUGAUGACGAGCAAGCCGAAAUGAUUGAACGCCGCGAGAAGGAGCUCCUUCAAUCUGGCGAGCUUGACAAGAAGCCAAAGAAGGGCGGCAAGCGCAAGAAGACUGAGCAGCCUAGUCUGGAUGACAUGUACCACGAGGGCGAAGGUCAUUUCGACGAUGGCAGCAAACAGCAGCCCGGAGCUUCAGGAACAGCAACCCCUGCCGAAAGCGAUACCAAGGGCAAGAAGGGCAAAGGCAAGAGCAGUGCGAAGAGGGCCAAGACCACGAAGCAGAGACUAGCCAUUGCAGAUGGCAUGGUCGACAUUUAA